AUGUUUGGAUCUGGUGAAUUAGAGCAGAUACCUUUCUUUGAUCCCCAAGAGGAAGGAGGAGGAGAAGUUAUCUAUCCUCGUCUUAUACCUCUGCAGCAGAAGCAGCAGCAGCAGAAACAGCAACAGCAGCAGCAGCAGCAACAGCAGCAGCAGAUGCAGGUAGUAAGAGGCUGCAGCGGGGCCCUGCACACCGUGCUGCUGCUUGCUGAUGGCCGCUGCUGCUCCUUCGGGUGUAACGAUGAGGGGGCCCUUGGUAGAUCUUGUGAUGAUGUUAUUCCUAAUGAACCAGGAAUGGUUGAGUUGGCGGAUGUUACUGCUGUUGCAUGCGGAGACUCCCACACAGCAUUCCUUACUCGCAAGGGGGAGUUGUUUCUCUGCGGUUCCUACCGGGAUUCGUCUGGUUCGUUAGGAUUUGCAUGCAUAGGAGAAGGAGAUCAUAGAGAGAAGCAAAUGCUUCCUCUUCCUGUAUUCAAUUCAUUACCUCAUAAAGUUGAUAUACAAUCCAUUGCAUGCGGCGAGGACCACACCGUUGCAUUAGAGAGAGGAGGAGCAGCUGUAUGGCUAUGGGGCAGCAAUGACUUUGGUCAUUUAUGUUUACCGGAUAACAUAAAGUCUAUAUCUGCUGUAUACUGCGGUCGUUGCACAACAUUUGUAUUAGCAGCAGCAGCAGCAGCAGGAGGAGCAGCAGGAGGAGCAGCAGGAGGAGGAGGAGCAGCAGGAGCAGCAGGAGGAGGAGCAGCAGGAGGAGGAACAAAAGAGACAUACCUGUAUGGUUGUGGUCGUAACACCCAAGGUGAAUUAGGUCUAUGGACAUCUCCCCUUAACGAGAAACAGCAGCAACAGGAGCAUCAACAGGAGCAUCAGCAGGAGCAGCAGCAUCAGCAGCAGCAGCAGCAGCAGCAGCAGCAGCAAGAGGAGGCAAUAGUAUGCUCAUUAAGACGUGUACAAUUAAUAAAUGGAGGAGAAAUAGAAUUUAUUUGUGGAGGUCAAUUCUUUACGAUGGCCCUCAUGAAAAAUGGAUACAUAUUUAAUUGGGGACAAGAAAAUCUAUUAGGUACUACUCUUCCUGCUGCUGCUGCUGCUGCUGCUGCUGCUGCUGCUGCUGAUGAUGAUGAUGCUGCUGCUGCUGCUGAUGAUGAUGAUGAUGAUGAUGAUGAUGAUGAUGAUGAUGGUGAUGGUGGUGAUGGUGGUCGUGGAUCGAGUCGUUGUAUAGGUAAUGGUUAUCCUUUAUUAUUACCAAUAUGUAGGGGUAAUAAAGGAAUACGUUUUUGUUGGAUAAAUAGCGGUAGUGAUCAUUCCUUAGCUGUAUCCUUAUCGGGGUGUAUGUACACCUGGGGAUCGGGACAGAAUUACCAAUUAGGAACGGGAGACGAUCCCGAUCUCAACACGAUCCCAACCAGAAUCGAUCCCAAUAGAUUCAAUAAUCAAUUCGUAUUACAGGCAUACGGUGGUGCGCAGCACUCCAUGGCAUUGGUAUGGGACGGCAAGUAUGCAGUAGAGGAGCAGCAGCAGCAACAGCAGCAGCAGGAAGGAGAAGGAGGGGCAAUAACUAUAGCAGCAGCAGCAGCAGAGGAGGCACCUGAUGGAGACAAACAACAUAAACGAACAGCAGAGGAGACAGUCACACAAGAUGGAGAAAGACCAUCCAAGAAGGCAAAACAAGGAGCAGAACGCUCUACGCUGCAGGUGCCUAGACACCCGGAGGGGAGGGGAAGGAGCCGCAGCAGGAGUCCGAGUGUCUGCCGCUCCCCACAGAAUGGUGCAGCAGCAGACCAGCUGCAGAAGGCAGCAGAGAAGCAGCAGCAGCAGAUAGAAGAGAACAUGGCAGUAGAAGAAGCGCAUGCACGAGACGAGAAGAUCGGGGCAGCAGCAACUGCAGCAACAGCAGCAGCAGCAGCUUCCGCUGCUGCUGAAACCGCUGCUGCUGCUGCAGAAAGUGCUGCUGCUGCUGCCAGUGAUGCUGCAGGUGCAGCAGAUCUAGCAGCUUCUGCAGCAGAAACAGCAGCAGCUGCUGCAGCAACAGCUGUUGCUGCAGCAGAGGGACCAACAGCACCAGCUGAUGGAGAAAAGGAGACACACGAACAAGAUACAGAAAAGGGGCAGCAGCAAGAGGAGGAGCCUGCUGCUGGUAAGCGGCAGCAGAGACGCAAGUCUUCUGCAGCAGCAGGGGAGAAGGCACAGCAGCAGCAGCAGCAGGAACAGCAGCAGGAAGGGGAAGGUGAGGGUGCUGCUGCUCCAGAUGCUGCAGCAGCAGGAGCAGCAACGACCAGCAAGAAGGGUAGAGGCCGUGCUGCUGCUGCUGCUGAGAAGUCCCCCACAGCAAGACAGGUUGCUGCUGCCCAGAAAGCAGUAGCAGCAGCAAAAGAAGCAGCAGCAGCAGCAAAGGAGGCAGCAGCAGCAUUGAAGCAUGCAGCAAGAGGUGCUGCAGCGGCAUCCUCGGGAGCCAGCGACAACGAAGGCGACAGCAGCAGCAGCAGCAGCAGCAAGAAGGCAAAGGGUAGCAGAGGCAGCAACAAGAAUGCCAAGGAGAGCAGCAGCAGCAGCAGCAGCAGCAAGGAUGCAGAAGAUGCACAAGAAGAAGAUGCGUCUGCUGCUUCUGAGGAAUCUGAUGGGGAUUCUGCUGCUGCACCGCGCAGAUCUGCUGCAGCAGCAGCAGCAGCAGCAGGAAAGAAAGCAGCAGGACGAGCAGCAAAGGGAGCCAAGACAGAGAAGAAGACAACUUCACGCGGUGCUGCAGCUGCUGUUAGCCGCAGCAACAGCAACAGCAGCAGCAGCAGCAGCAGAGGGAGACCUGCAACAGCAGCAGCAAAGGGAAGAAGCAAGGGCAAAGGUGCUGCUGCUGCUGCUAAGAAGCCAACAGCAGCAAAGAAGACAAUAGAUAAGAAGAAUAAAGCAGCAAAGGCUGCUAAGGCAGCCAAGGGUGCUGCUGCUGCUGCUGCUGCUCGGACUAAGAGCCCAGUAGCACGAAGCAGCAGCAGCAGCAGCAUUAGCAGCAGCAGCGGCAGAAAGAAACCUGCAGCUGCAGCAGCAGCUAAGAAGGCAACACCACGCAGCAGCAAGAAAGACCAGCAGCAGGGAGGUGCUGCAAAGGCAACCCCGAAGAAGCAGCAGCAGCAGCAGGAGCAGCAGCAGAAAGAGCAGCAACAGGAAGAAGUGCAGCAGCAGCAGCAGAGGGGAUCAGGGAAGAAAUCAGCAGCAGCAGCAGCUGCUGCUACUAAGAGUAGUCCUAAGGGAAAAGGAGCAGCAGCAGCUCGUUCAGCAGCCCCACGAAAGAGCAGCAGCAGCAGCAGCAGCAGCAGCAGCAGCAGCAGCAGCAGCAGCAGCAGCAAGGGGAAGAAAUAA